UUUCUAUUUCACAUCAAAUAAAUUUUUUGUUUCGAAUUAUAUUUUAACUGCCUCUCUCCAAGUCCAACUCACACUUUCGCUUCUCUCUCUUAACAACUAAAAAAACGAAAAACACUAUAUUUUACAACUCCCACUGCCUCUCUUCUCAUUUACACUCUUUUUCGAUAUAUUAAAGCCAUUUUCUUCAAUUUCUUUGGAGUUUAGGGAUUGGUUUUCAACACCCAUUUCAGAGCUGUUUUUGCUUAGCAAAAGCCAAAAAAAAAAAAAAAAAAAGAGAGACACUGUUGUAUGGAUCCGGAAGCCGGGUCUGUCACCCGGGAGUCUCGGCUGAAAUUUUACAAAACAACUUUAUGUCUUGCUUAUCAGAGUUUUGGUGUUGUAUAUGGUGACCUAAGCACUUCGCCAAUCUACGUUUACAAAAGCACGUUUUCCGGGAGGUUGAGCCUUCAUGAGGAAGAUGAUGAAAUUCUUGGGGUACUGUCUUUGGUUUUCUGGACUUUGACUCUAAUCCCUCUAUGCAAGUACAUUAUAUUUGUGUUAGGGGCAGAUGAUAAUGGGGAAGGUGGAACCUUUGCUUUAUAUUCAUUGCUUUGCCGGCGUGCAAAGCUGGGUCUUUUGUGUGCUUCUAAUGCACCUGGUGAUGACAUAUCUGCUUAUAACUCUGAACUACCUAGGAAGGAGACUGUAGCUAGUUCUAUUUUAAAAGAGUUCUUUGAUAAGUAUCAUGGUUCUCGGAUUAUGUUGCUUCUACUUGUGCUCCUGGGGACUAGCAUGGUUAUUGGUGAUGGCAUCCUAACCCCAUCAAUGUCUGUUCUUUCUGCUGUUAAUGGCAUCAAAAUUAAGGCUACUGGCCUUCACGAGAAUUAUACUGUGUUUAUUGCAUGUGUGAUUUUGAUGGGGCUGUUCACACUUCAGCAUUUUGGAACUCGUAGGGUUGGAUUUCUUUUUGCUCCUAUUUUGUUAGCAUGGCUCUUUUGCAUUAGUGCUGUUGGAGUUUACAACAUAAUAUACUGGAACCCACGUGUUGUCAGUGCUCUGUCACCAUAUUAUGUGUAUAAUUUUUUCAAAAAGGCUGGAAAAGAUGGAUGGAGUUCUCUUGGAGGCAUUGUUCUUUGCAUUACAGGUGCAGAGGCCAUGUUUGCUGAUCUUGGUCAUUUUUCCCAGCUUUCUAUCCGGAUUGCAUUUACUGUUGUUGUAUACCCUUGCUUAAUUUUGGCGUAUAUGGGUGAGGCUGCCUAUCUCUCCAAGCACAAAGAGGACCUACAGAGAAGCUUCUAUAAAUCAAUCCCUGAGGUUGUAUUCUGGCCAGUUUUUAUCACUGCAACACUUGCAACAGUUGUUGGGAGUCAGGCAAUUAUUUCUGCUAUUUUCUCAAUAAUCAGCCAGUGUAGGGCUUUGAAGUGCUUCCCACGUGUCAAGGUGGUACACACAUCAAACCACAUACAUGGGCAGAUCUACAUACCGGAGGUGAACUGGAUCUUGAUGGUUUUAUGCCUUGCUGUUGUAGCUGGCUAUAGGGAUACCGACGUGAUAGGAAAUGCAUAUGGUCUUGCGGUGAUUACUGUUAUGUUGGUUACGACCUGCUUGAUGUUUCUGGUUAUUGUUAUGGUUUGGAAGAGGAACAUUUUGGGAGCUCUAGCUUUUGUCAUUGUUUUUGGAUCUCUUGAGUUGUUUUACUUAUCCGCAUGCCUUGCAAAAGUUCAUAAAGGGGGUUGGUUCCCUCUGAUUUUAUCCCUGAUAGUUCUGUCUACAAUGUGCAUAUGGCACUAUGGGACUCUAAAGAAACAGGCUUAUGAGUCACACAACAAUGUUUGCUUGGACAUGCUUCUAAGUCUGGGUCCAAACCUUGGUAUAAAUCGUGUUCCUGGAAUUGGCCUAAUCUACUCAAAUGUGAGCACAGGGGUCCCACCAAUGUUUGCCCACUUUGUCACCAAUUUUCCUGCCUUUCAUCGUAUCCUUAUAUUUGUUACUCUUCAAUCUCUUACAGUUCCGAAAGUUCCUGCCAAUCAGCGAUUUGUUAUCAGUCGCAUUGGCCCACCAGAGUUUCGACUCUUUCACUGUGUUGUUAGAUACGGUUACAAGGAUCAAAGGAAGGAUAGUCAUGAUUUUGAGAAUCAUCUGAUUGAAACUGUGGCAGACUUUUUACAGUGCGACAACAAUGAUAGUGAACUUCAAGCCUUUGGAAGGAAAUUUGCGAAUCGGCAGCAAUCUAGUUCACCAGAGGAUGUUUCUGUUUUGAGGCUUGAGAAUGGAGUUAAUGCUGGAUCUAGCAAGAAAACAGUGAGAUUUCGUAGUGUGGGAUGGAACAAGGAAUUGGAGGAUCUGACAGAGGCAAGGGAAUCUGGUCUGGCAUAUAUGAUGGGUAGCACUUGUGUUUUGGCGAGUGAAACAUCUUCAUAUUUCAAGAAGUUUGUCAUAAACAUUGUUUACGGGUUCUUGAGACAGAACUGUAGGCGUCCAGCCACGGCACUUGGGGUUCCACACACCUCUUUGAUCGAAGUAGGAAUGGUUUAUCGAGUGUAAAUCCUGGCACAAAGUUUUAAAGAAGGUGAUAUUUUUUAACACAGAGGUUGAUACUCGUGCGGUCUGGUAUAGAAUUGAAAUGGAAAGGACCUGCUGAUGCAAUGAAGCUGCAAAUAACUAAUAAUCGAACUAACUGCCUAAUUUUACCACAGUUUGUAAUUAAGGCAUGUAAUUAGCUUUUAAAGUUUUAGGUUUUUUUACAUAUAAUACAGUUAGAUUUGGAGGUUUUACAGA